GCAUGCGCUAUAGGACUCUCAUUUGGCCUGUCUGUUGAAAUUGUAGUUAGUUGAGAAAAAAGUAAUCUUGUUCCAAAUUUUAUUCUUUCGGUAUAAGAUUUGUUGCUCUAACGGAAUCACCGCAAACUUCUCUUUAUAAUGUCAGCAACUCCUUGUUACUUUUCCAAUGCCCCAAACAACAAUGCCUGCGCAACGAAGAAGCAAAGGCUUCUGUGGCUGUUUUGGCAGCAAUGAACCUCCAGAAAUAACUUACCAUGUAGUAGAAAAUGGUGGCAUUAUUAACUUACAACCACAUCCUCUUACUCCUACACAGCCAAUGCCUGAAGAAGAAGAAUUGAAUUCAAAAUUUGCCGAGUUAGUGGAAGAACUCGACCUUACAGCACCCAAAAAAGAAGUUAUGUUUAAUCUACCACCAGAGAAAAAAUGGCAGCUUUAUUUAAGCAAAAAAAUGGAGCAAAAUGAACCCACUACCCAUUAUCCAGAUUAUUACAUAGAAAAAGUUACAUCAAUGGCCAAGUUAUUGUUUCCACGAGAAGAAGAUGAAAUAAUAGCCCGUGCAAAACUUUUAGACAACUUAAAAACUGCAUUAAGGACGCAACCAAAUAGCUUCGUGACGAGGUUUUUAGAACAAAAUGGAUUGUCUGGAAUAUUGAACUUUUUACUCAGUAUGGAUUACAAUACAGCAGAAAGUCCUAUUCACACCUCACUAAUAGGGUGUGUUAAAGCUCUCAUGAAUAAUUCAAAUGGUCGGGCUUAUGUACUUGCUCAUCCAACUGCCAUAAAUACUAUUGCUCAAAGUCUCAGUACUGAAAACAUGAAAACCAAAACUGCUGUUUUAGAAAUUUUAGGAGCUAUGUGCUUAGUUCCUGGUGGACAUAAAAAAGUUUUAGAGUCUAUGCUCCACUUUCAAAAGUUCGCUGCUGAAAGAACUCGUUUCCAGACUAUUGUAAAUGAUUUGGGACGAAAAACUAGUAUGUACCAUGAUGAGGUUAGCUUGAAAACAGCCAUCAUGUCUUUUAUUAAUGCAAUCAUCAAUUACGGACCAGGUGAAGAUCAUUUGGAAUUCCGGUUGCAUCUGCGAUACGAAUUUUUAAUGUUAGGAAUACAACCAAUUAUGGAGAGUCUCAAGCGUCAUGAAAAUGCAACCCUUGAUAGGCAUUUAGAUAUUUUUGAAAUGGUGCGAAAUGAAGAUGAGAAAGAAAUGGCUCGGAAAUUUGAAUGUGUUCAUAUUGAUACCAAGAGUGUUAAAAGCAUGUUAGAAUUGCUGAAAAAGAAAUUAUCUCAUACACCCGCUUAUCCUCAUUUGCUUUCAUUGUUGUAUCAUUGCAUUCAACUACCUUUGGAUUUCAGUGCCUGCCCUCAACAUUGGUUAUUAUUUGAUAGAAUUGUGCAACAAAUUAUACUUCAAGGAGAAAAUGGAGAAAAUCCAGAUGUUUCACCUAUUAACAUCAAUGUCCGAGAAAUAGUUCACUUGUUAGCAACUGAAGAAGAAGUAAAGCUAGCUAACGGUAAAGCUGAAACCUUAGAACAAGAAAAUAUUGAAUUAUCUAAUCAAUUAUCCAAAAAAGAACAAGAACUGGAGCAAUCUUCACAAGAAAAAGAGGAUCUACAGUCAUCUUUAAAUAAAAUGAAAAUGAAGCUCGAAAAAGAGACUGUGGGACACUUAGAGGCCAAACAAAAAAUUUCAGAAUUAGAAUAUCGAAUGAAUGAGUUGAAUCUAGUGCUUGAGAUGGAAAAACAACAAAGGACUCAAGUGGAAAAUUUGGCUAAAGCUGGAUGCUUAUCUGAUGAUGCUAAAGCUGGAAUAACCCCAGCACCUGGAAUAGUACCAUGUCCUCCACCACCACCUCCACAUGCGUUACCCCCAAAUCCCCCUCCAGCACCACCUGGACCUCCACCACCACCUCCACUUCGUAUUGGUUCAUUAAAUGACAAACCUUUAAAUUUGUCAAGAGUGAUGUCUAAAAAUAUUCCUCAACCAUCAAAUCCAUUGAAAUCUUUUAAUUGGUGUAAACUACCAGAAAGCAAGUUGGAGGGAACAGUUUGGGAAGAACUUGAUGACACAAAACUGUACAAAGAUAUUGAUUUGCAAGAAUUUGAUAAGACAUUUUCUGCUUAUCAAAAACAACAGUGCAUUGGUUCAGUUGAAGAAGAUAUACCAGCAGUGGUGACUAAAGCCAAAUCAAGAGAACUCUCUGUCAUUGAUGGUAGGCGUGCUCAAAAUUGUACAAUAUUGUUAUCAAAAUUAAGACUCUCAAAUGAAGAAAUUUGUAGAACAAUUCUAAGUAUGGAUAAUAAGGAACAGUUACCAAAAGAUAUGGUUGAGCAGCUUUUGAAGUUUAUGCCUAGUCAUGAGGAAAAAGUCCUUUUGGAAGAACAUAGCAUGGAAAUUGAUAAUAUGGCUAGAGCUGAUAGAUUUUUAUUUGAAAUAAGCAAAAUUGUUCAUUAUGAACAAAGAAUUCGAACUUUAUUCUAUAAAAAAAAAUUUCAAGAAAGAGUGAGCGACUCAAAACCAAAAAUAGAAGCUGUUUCUGAGGCAUCCAAAGAGCUUCAGAGAAGCAAACGACUAAAAAGACUUCUUGAAUUAAUUCUGGCAUUUGGAAACUACAUGAAUCGUGGUGCACGAGGAAAUGCUUCUGGUUUCCAUUUAUCUAGCUUAAACAGAAUUGCUGAUACAAAAUCAAGCAUAAACCGGAAUAUGACUUUACUACAUUAUAUUAUUGAUACUUUAGAGAAAAAAUUUAAAGACGUUUUAAAAAUUGAAGAAGAUAUUCAUCAUGUUAGACUGGCAGCAAAAGUCAACCUCAAUGAGCUCACAAAAGAAAUACAGAGCCUGAAAUUUGGGUUGCAGGAAGUGCAAAAGGAACUUGAGUUUCACCGUUCUCAGCCCCCUCAACAUGGUGAUAAAUUUGUCCCAGUUAUGAAGGAAUUCAUUACAACCGCAACAUAUAGAAUAUCUGAAUUAGAAGAUGCUUUUCAAGAAAUGAAACAAAGGUAUGAUCAAGUUGUGAAGCAUUUUGGUGAAGAUCCAUCUCACAUGCAACCUGAUGAAUUCUUUGCUAUCUUCGAUAUUUUUCUAACUUCAUUUAAUGAAGCUCGUCAAGACAAUGAAGCAUUUCGUCGCAAACGAGAAGACGAAGUAAAAAGAGCAAAACAAGACACUGAGCGUAAAAUCCAUUCUGAUAGAUCAAAUAAAGAAAAUGGAUCCAAAGGAUCAUCAGGAGUUCGAAAUGGCAGUAUUAAUGGAAUAAAAGCAAUUAAAGCUGGCUCUGAAAAAGGAGAAUUUGAUGAUUUAAUAUCAGCUCUCAGAACUGGUGAUGUAUUUGGGGAAGAUUUUACAAAAAGCCGGAGAAACCGAAGGAAAGGAAGUCAAACAAUGCUAGUACAUCAUUCAAGUAAUUCUACUGGUGAUAACUUGCAGUGGAGAAGCAUGCAAAGAGAGUCUAGUAGAGAUCGAGUUGUUAGUCAGAAACUCAAAGUUUAAAUUAUUUCCUUUUUCAUAAGAAUUUUUUAUUGCAGUAAAUCUUGCAUAUAAAUUGUGAUGUAAACAACAAUGUUUCAUUUUUUUAAGAACGAAGAAUUAAAUAAUUGUGAAUAUGAAAGAUUAACUGAAUGUAUUGUAAAUUAUUAUCAAGAAUGUUAAAUUAUUGGGUGCUAUAUACCUCAAAUUUUCUAGUCAGAUGUUGUGAAUCAUCCCAUUAUUAAAUGAGUUUUUAAUUACUAAAAGUGAUCUAGAUACCAAUCCUUUUUUUGUAAUUUGCAGUUCAUAUACCACUAAUUCAUGAAGACAUUUAAAAAAAAUUAUAAUGUAAUCCUUUUUUCAAAACUGCCUUUCACUUUAAUCAUAAUGGUGUUUCUUUUUCUUUUUUAAAUCAAAAGCAGGUACUAGGAACACAGCUAGAAACAAGAACAGCGCUAGGUACUAAGAUUAAGAAAAGGGUAAAAAAAUUAAGAAUUCUUACGUUACAAAAUAAAACUUUGUUUAACAAUUACUCAAAAUAUAGUUUUACUUUGUUAUUAAAACACUUUUUUGUACUGUUUGUGUAUAGAAUAUAUUAUUCCUUUUAAUUCUUUUUGACCAGAAAUAUGAGUAUCCAAAUUUACAAUUGGGAUUAACUGCUAAUUUGACUUAUUUUAUGUUUUGCUGUCUAAAUUUUGACGAAAAUGGAAAUGUUUAUUUUCAAAAAGAAUCAUUAUUAUACACACUAGCUCCAAAAAGAUAUGAGUAUGUAAUUUCACGAAUUUUCUGAAAUCAGAUCAUUCAUAAUAAAAAGCUACAAUGCAGGAUAUAAAAUAGUGUAACAUGCAGUAAAACAGCACAAUAAUAAUCAAAGUAAUAAAACAAAAAUAAAUUUAGAUGGAAUUCUGCAAAAUUAUGAACCCAAUCCCUCAGCUAAGUGCCUAAUCAAUUUAAAUUGCUUGCAAUAAAAACAAAGUCAUUUUAUUCAUUUUUUUAGAAACAUUAUAAAAAAUGAUUUAAGCUAUGCAUUAAAUCAUUUUAUGAAACAUAUGA